AUAGUUUGGUAAUCAAUACGACUCAAAUGAGUGAAGAAUGUAAACGCUCUUUAUUGAAAAUAGAUACCGUUUCUGAUUACCCGUCUCAAAGAUUUGGUAAUUCAUGUUAAAACUUACUGUGCCGUAUACUGACAUGGAUUUUAAAUAUUUAAUUUGUUUGUUUUUCACAAUUUGCACAGUGUCAGAGGUUCUGCCUUUGGAAUGUUACCAAUGCGCUUCGGUAACCACGUCAAAUUGUGGAGAUCCUUUCAUAUCAGAAGGCGUAACCACUACGAAUUGCGUCGGGGUGUGCACGAAAAUAAUAAUCGACGAAAACAUAGCUUUCGAUGACGGAGAUAUAGUGAGAGAUUGCCUCACAAGCGACUACAGAUAUAGCGGAGAUAAAUGCGAACAGGCUUCCGCGCUUGGCUACGAAGGCAAAGUCUGCUUGUGCAAGUCCGAUCAUUGCAAUGGUGUCGGCUCGACAUCAGCUACUUGGAGUAGUAUUGUUCUAACAGCCAUUUUGUUCUCCAAUCACAUUGUAUCUUGGAUGUAAAGAUUAGUGAGAAAGACAACACAAUUACAAACUUUUAGUAGUGCUCUACUGUGAAAAUCAUAACAAAACAUUAUACUCUUGGCAAGUUUUGUGACUUGUUACAGAACUGAAAUUUGUGGGUUUUCAAUUUUGAUUUUCGUAAUUUAUUGUAUUUGCUGUUUUAGUCCAACGACCACAACAGUCGCGUAUGUGUGCCGCCAUGUUGGAGUAUCCAAAAUAAUGACGUCACAGUGUAAAAUACCCUUUCACGUGACAAAAUUAUACUAAAAAAAGGUAUUAAGCGAAUGUCGAAAGAAGGCGUGAAGUUUACUACGAUAUUUAUCGACAUUACCCGAUAUUUACCGGUUCAUUAGGGUCCGUAAUCCUAAAGUCAAUACUAAGACUUACAUAGCGCGGUGAAAUUAAGCUCUUGAAAGCUGUAUUCAUUAUUCAAAAAUCAUUAUCAAUAUGAGUAAUUUGUAGGCAAUUACAAGAACGGAUUAGUCGGAUUUAAAUCUAUUCGAAAAUCAUUGAAAGCGUUUAAGGUCAGUCAUUUGGUAAAUUUCCGUUCAUAGAAUAUCAACAGAAUACGAAUGCAAUACGAAAGCUGACACCUUGAUAAUGUUAUAGUUAACAUAAUGUCAUUCAACUGAUAAAGCAUUAUCACGUACGUCUUAUAUCUUUACCACUGCUGUCUUAUAUGCCGUACUAAGUGGCUCAAAAGUGUACUUUCAACAGCAUUAAGACCUAAUAUUAAUAAUAUAUAUAUAUACGUCACAUUGUGUUUUGUAUCUUUCAAUAAAACAAUCUUUUCAACCUGUUAAUACUAUCUGUGUUAGUUAUUGGCACAUAUUUAGUACUAGUUGUAUUGUACAGCGUAAUGUAACGUAUCCCUUAGUUAGUAGUUUAACAACUUCUAACAAUGGCAUGCGUUUCCCACCAGUGAUCACAGUAACAGUGUGUUCAGUCAAGUGUGGUCCUAUCGCCUAUUGAUAAAUUGAAUUCACUUGACGCUUUGCUUACAUACUGUUUGGUUCACACAAUAAAUAUAUAUUCUAUAUAUAUAUAUAUAUACAUAAGGUUUUUGUCAUAUUUAUUGAUUUUUUUGUAUUUGUCUUUUAUUUUGCUACUUGUAUUCACUAAGUUGCUUAUUGUACAUGUUAAUUCCGUCGACAGAUGCUUGCUAAUGGAUCGCGCUUUGCUUACAUACUGUUUGGUUCACGCAAUAAAUAUAUAAUGUAUAUAUA